CUUUAACUUGGUCUGCUGUCGGCCCGCGCUCUACAACUCAUCCUCAACAAAAGACUAUGGUGCAAGACCACUCACAAUGCAGCUGAAACUCACCCUCGCCACAUCGUCCAUCUGUGCCCUGUCCGCAGGCACCGUCCGGGUCCUCGCCCAAGACAAAAGCUACUGCUACGACGCCGCGCAAUACACAACCAAGUUCUGCGACCUGGGCAGCAGGCAGGACAUCACCCAGGCCCUCGAGGAGACGGCCUGUGGCCCCCCAACCGGCGACCACACGUACGCCUGCAACGCGGCGAAAGCCCUCAACGUCCCCAUGCCAAACAACGCCUCCCGCUCCUUCGUCUUCCACUUCGCACGCCUCCGCUACGUCGGCCAGGACAUCCCCGGCGCCGGGCCCUGCGGCGACGUCUACCUCUCCCGCGCCAGCUGCGUCUACCUGGGCCUGGCGGCGAUCGGCGCAUGCGAGCGCGGCGGGGAGGUGACUAUUAGUGAGACCGUCCCUGCUGGGGAGGAGGAGGGGGGAGAGGGGGAGGGGAGGCCUGUCACGGCUUGGUUGCAGGUCAUCCCGUAUGUUUAG